GGCUUCAAUACUCAUUAUUUUUGGAGCCUUGAUCUUUUAGAUUUAAUUUUUGGGGAGAAAUUUUCGACUGGAGAGGAAAAGUUUGGAGUGAAAUCGGAAAAAUAUGGCGAAUAAGGGGAGAAAUUGUCCUCAGGGAGUGGAAAUUAUCCCACCGCCACCCCAUAGGUUCACGAUGGAUGAAUGGUUCCUCAAUAAUCAAGAACGGCACAGAGCAUGCACAACCCACUGCGAAUUAGUGGAGAGUAUAAUCGAUGAGUCCCGUCGUAUUUGUGAUAUGACCCUAGAGAAAACAAAGAACAAUAAAUUCGCCACAGAUCGUGAACUGGAGGAACAGAGCGAGAAUAUCAAAUUCUGCAGGGAUGAGCUCUUGAGAGCUCGCAAGAUGAUUGUUCUCGAGAUCGAUAGCCUCCUGACGUAUAAGGCUCGGCUCACCGAUGCAUUGUCGUCAGUGAGGAGGAAUGCCGCUGUUAUUUGUGAAAGGUGUCUCAUUUCAAGAGAACAUCGUCGAGGUAUCGAUUUGACAGUGGACGAUGUCGACAAACAGCUGCGGAUGGAGCACGGAGUAAUCCACGGUGCAGAGACGACAUUCGUUCGAUCGUUGGAACAGACCGCAGAGCAAAUUCGAGCUUUGAAGUCUGUGUUGUACUCCAUCGAUCGCAAUCUCCAGGACAAGCACGAAAAUUUUGUCAUCGAAAGGGAGAAUUUGAAUCUCAAAGAGACCAGCAUGAACCUCGCGAUUUAUCAUGGCGCAUCGUCACUCGAUUCAUCUACUCUUACUGUGCAAGAAUGGGAAAUUCUAUCGAAUGAAAUCAUCACCAAUGCAAAAAAAGAGCUGAAUAGCAGUAAAUUAUUGAGGAAUUACAUUGACACGAUCCUCCAAGAGAUCAUGAAUGAUCUGAACGAGCAAAUAAAUUCUACCAAUGACGCAUUCCAACAGCGAAUCCGGGAGACCAAAGAAGCUAAGAUGGAACUUGAGUCGCAGCAUUCCAAGAUAAUUGAAAAAGCGAAUGACAUGACGCUGAAUAUCGCUCGACUGGAGAAAACGAUCGCCGAGAAAGAGGGCUUCAUUGCGUUGACCCAUACACGAUUGGGCAACAGGUGUCGGCGACCGAAUUUGGAGAUGACAGGUGAUGCAGUCGAAAGACAGCUCGUGUCUGAAUGCGCAGACCUCGGUGAUUCUGUGACUAAGUUACAGCAAACACUGUGCGAGACUGAAUCGAUCUUGCGGUAUUUGCUGAAGACUCAGAUUCAGGUGGAGGAAGACAUAAACAUCAAAACUAAUACUUUGAAGAUCGACGAGGUGGAGUGCAUGGGAAUGAGGCAGGCGCUGAGCUUUCACGCAUAUUGAGGAUUUUCACACUGAACACAAGUAUUCAGACAAUAGUGACUUUUUUUAUUAAUGGGGGAAGUGAUUAUUUCUAAUUUUAUAGUAAUUUCAAGUCAUUAAUGCGAAUCAUUUUUUUUAACAAGAUGAAGUUUAGAAUUUUGCAAAUGUGUGGAGGAGUUGCUUCCGAGCUCUUUUUAUGAAUUACACACGCA